UCACAUUCUGUGCAAGAAUAAUUUUCAGCGAAGCACAGUUCAGUCCGUUCGAUUUCAAAUCAGACAUCGGAUUGCAGUUCCCCAGCUUUGUUUUACAAUGGAAUAUUUCUUAUUGGGCAUUUUAAUAUUCAUAUCGAUAGGAUCCUUCAACUAUGCGCAAGAAACAACACCCUUAGAGGUAUCUAAGAACCAGUGCGAUGGGUCCUGCAUCCAGUUCUUAAAGUCAUUGCUGGACAACGUAGGCGCCAUGCAGAAACUUUGGAAAGUAUGUGAUAUAAGCAAGCUGACGAAUAUCCAAUCCAGACUUGAUAAAAUUGAGGAUCAGAUGGUGACGCAAGAGGAAAACUCUGCCAGCUUUUCAAAAGCAAUCGAGGAAACUAAGCAGAAACUGUUGGAGCAAAGCAAGUUGAUCGACAAAAAAAAACACAGUUUUCUAAAGCCGUUUCAGAAAAUCGGAUCCAAAUAUUAUUAUAUUGAGAAACAACAGAAAACCAAUUGGUUUGGAGCGGUACACAGAUGUAGCGAGUUCGGCGGCCAUUUGAUCAGUUUAGAUAGCCAGAGUGAACUGGAUGCAAUAAUUCCCCAUUUGGAUGCCAAACGAUUUUAUUGGAUUGAUGUAAAUAACCUCAGCGAGAAGGGGGUGUACCGCUCCCUAACAACUGGCGUGAGGUCAACAUUUUUGAAUUGGAAGCGCAACGAGCCCAAUAAUGCCCGUGGUAAGGAAAAUUGCGUCCAUUUGCAGGACUCUAAUUUUGUAAUGAAUGACCAUAUAUGCGGCGAUCUUUUUUAUUUUAUUUGCGAGUCAUUCAAUGAAUAAGCAAUGAGUUAUACAUUUUUUUAAUAAGCGUGCAAUCAGCGGCAAUGGAUUUAUAUAGUUUGUUAAGCAAUAUCACUCUAUUUUGGCCUGAAGGUUUUUCAACUUAAUCCGAAUGAUCUGUGAUGCAAACGAGCCUUGGCUACAGUAAAGAAAAUUCGAUACUAUCCAGCCGCUUCGAAAGAAGCAUUUAAUAUUUCAAUUAAUCACGCCUGUCCCGAUCCAUUUGUUUCAUGCCAAUGAAUAAUAUAAUAAUGAAUAA